AAUAAGGGAUUAAUAUUUUAUUCGAUUCGAUGCUUAUAAUUUGUUCUAAAAUGAUAUAUAGCGAAAUAUUUUAGAAUGUUGCUGUUUUCUUUUCACUUUAGCUAUGUAGACCCCGUAGCUUACAUAUUUAGUUUUUUUCAUUAUUUUUUAUAUUGUUACUAUCUAUUUAAGAUAAUAUCAAUUUAGUAAGUAUAAAAAUACUUAUUGUAAAAUUAUUAUAAAAUGCAAAAAUUCGCCUCUCCCUGCGCUUGGGUAUGUGAACCCCGGGCCUUGUGAAAAAAAAAUUUUCACCCCACUCUGUGCGCUUGGGUAUGUGGACCCCGGGCCUUGUGCAAAAGCCUAUAAUGGACGCCAUCUUGCUUUGUCUUUACAUUGUCGUGAACUAUUGAAUAUCGGCAAGUUUUAUUUCAACAAUCCGUAUGCUUAGUUAUAUUUAAAGUAAAUUAUUACAUUUGGUGUUGUUUAAAGUAGAAUAUUUUGAUAUUUUCAGUAAACGAGGACAAAUAGAAUGUUGGCAAAAGCUUUUCCUCUUCGUAUAUGUGGUACCAUUUGGGAUUCGUCGAAAAACGAUUUUCAAAUUAUCAUCAUUACCAAGCCACGCAGAUACAAUUACACGGUGUACAGCUCUCAAUUUACAAGAUUUUUUUUCUACGGAUGAUUCAACGUUAAUCAUUUGCAACUGGUUUAGAUGUGCCAAUUAAAAUAUGUUUAAGAUUCAAUAAUAAACUCCACCACCCUCCCACCUGAAAAUGAUUUCACCAGUUAAUGUGAAAAGUAUGCAGAAAUUUUGGAAUAAAAGGGAACAUUUUGGAAUCGUGACAAUGUUGGAAUUUUAUAUCAUGGAGAGUAUCAUCAGAAAGCAGAGGAUGGUUCUACAAUGGAUUCGAGUCAAAAUCAAAAGCAGUUUUAUCAUCACGUAGGAGUAUCACAAUUAGGAGAAAUUGACGAGAUUCCCAAAAAUCAGCUUUGAAUUAGAGAUUUUCUAUAAGAUGAAUGUCCCGACGUCUAUAUUUUCAAGGAUGAGUCAUCGACAAAAGCUGCCUACUGUUUUACGUGCAAAAAGGAGACAUAACAUUUGCUAUGACGUGCAGACGAGUAUAUACUUGACGUUUAUGGAGGAUCGUAAAAGUGAGUUUUUAAAAAUUAGUUUUUUGCGUAAGUUAAAAAAGGAGGGAGCCUAAAAAUCUUUAAGGUGCUCAGGGAAACAACGUGAAAGAUAAUAAUAUAAUAUCACGAAGAGAUCUGUCUGGACUGAAGGCCUUUACACACACACACACACACACACACACCCUCGAGAAAGUAGCAUAUCCAGCAUACCCUUCUUGGCAAGAGAGCUCAUAAAGAACAGAGACAAACAAAACACCAUCAAUCUAGCUUCAUCAAAGAUCCAGCCGCAAUGUUAUUAGAAACCUGGAGAGGAGGAGGGUUGGAAUUGCACUCCCUCGAGUGGCACGCGAGAGUUGAAGAAGAGGAGUGGAUCUCGACAGGUCAGUCCUAGUUAACUCAUGGAAUGGCAUCACGAGGACCCUCGUCGACGGCCCUGCCGGUUGCGAUAGCGAUGGCGAGUAUAUUGCUCGCGAGUCUACCAGCAUUGUCAAGUGGAAUUUGUCCAGCGCGAUGUCGAUGCAAUGACACGGCGCUGAUCGCGAGUUGUGUAUCAGGUAGUUUGGACGUGGUGCCGAUUCAAUUGAAUCCUGAAAUUCGUCAUCUCGAUCUCUCGGCAAAUCGUGUUGUCAGCGUUCAUCAUACAUUUGACUUUUAUGGAAAUUUAAAAACCCUGAGUCUCGCAUCAAAUCUCAUUCACACACUUGGCUCGCAUAAUUUCAAAUUUCAAGGUAGUCUCGUCACAUUAAAUCUCAGCAAUAAUGUCAUAAGAAACAUUACAAAAAAUGCCCUUCGAGGAUUAAAAUUGCUAAGGGAACUUGAUUUAUCAGGGAAUAAUAUCACUGAAAUGGAAGAAUUGGCAUUUCACGAUACCAACGAAUUGGAAUAUUUGAAUUUAAGUGGCAAUUCAAUGACAAGUUUGCCCGAUGAUUUAUUGAAGAGUUUGCCAUGUAUUCGAACGUUACUUUUGAGUCGUAACGUAUUGCUGGAGGUACCAACGGAUAAUUUGGCACUAGUGAAACCAACACUUGAAAUUCUCGAUUUGUCGAGUAAUCUCAUUGAAGAACUUGUGAGUGGUUCUUUGCCUUCAAUGAAUGUAUUGACGUUUCUCAGUUUGGCGGACAAUGGAAUAUUGAGGAUAGCAAACGAUGCCUUCGAUCAAUUGCCGAAUUUGAAAAUAUUAGAUUUAUCGGGAAAUAAAUUGACCUCGGUGCCUACGGCUGCGAUCUCAAGAUUGAAUGUACUGAUAACGUUGACCCUCAAUGGAAAUCCAUUGGAAUCGUUGAAUAGCGUGGCCUUUCAAAAUUUAUUUGAACUUAAGAAUUUGGAGUUAAACAAUUGCUCGAUCGCUGAUGUCCAUCCAAGGGCAUUCGCUGAUAACGUUAAUCUUGAACGUAUCUCAAUGGACGGAAAUCGUGAUCUGAGGGUAUUGCCUGCGAGGGUGCUGUAUGGAGCUCGAUAUCUGAGGUGGGUCUCCCUCAGGCAAUGCAGUCUGGCAACUCUGCAACCAACUCAGUUCCCCGUUGACGGGCUGUCGUCCCUGCGGGUGGGCCACAAUCCCCUGGUGUGCAAUUGUUCCGUGCACUGGUUAUGGAACGUUCUUCGUGCCGAGGAAAGACGCAACGAGACCCGUCUCGAUUUGGACGUUCAGGAUAUUGUUUGCGUCGACGAGGAAUUCAUCGGCAAAUCACUAAUUUCCCUGCCGGAGGGUUCACUUCGAUGUCGAUUGAGUCCUCUUUAUCUUUCGCUGUCAGCUGCCGGAUGCCUCGCGGCAACCGCCACUAUUCUGGCGCUGAUAGUUCACGUGACUCGGUCAAAAAGAAGAAAACGACCGGCCUACACGGCACCAAAUCGACCUGAACUUCUUGUCUAUGUGGGACGUGGCAACGAUGAACUCGACAAAAAUCCCGAAUCCUAUAGUCGACGAUUAAUUGCCACGCGUAAUGAAGAGAUUCUUUACGAGACACCAAGACGAAAAACGAGUCAAGAAUCACUCGAUCCAACGACAAAUGUCUACGAAACGCCAAGAUACUCGCGACCAAAUCGUCGUGAUCGUGAUAAUCUAUACGAGAGACGACAAAUUGAGGAGGGCGUUUACGCGGUGGCGGAUGUCACUGGUUUAGCUAGGGACGAACCACCGGAAGUACUUUCACUAUAUCGGAUGCGUACACCAUCCUCAUUACCGAGACCUAGCGCACCUUCUGUUCGCGACUAUGAUUACGACUAUGAGCCGCCGAUCCCUCAGAAACCGCACGUGGUUUUCGUGUGAACGCAUUUUUUUUUUCUUUCUUUCAUCUAAUAUUCUCUGAAAGAGAAUUUUUUGUGUAUAGCUUUUUUUGUGUGAGAAUUCACAAGGGAAGGUGUGAGGAUAUUUUUUUUUUUCAAAAGGGUCCAGUGUGAAGGCUGCGUACUUCUUUUUUUUUUUUGUAAAAACAAUUCGUUUGCGGUGAAUGAACUUGACACGAGAAUAGAUUCUUGCAUAGAAAAGAUGUGUAUUCAUGUUGGAUGACAAUCGAUCUUUUGCGGGAACAUUUUUAUUGAACGAUAUUUUUUUUCACUCGGAUUUUUGAUAAAAAUAAUAAUUUUAUUUAUACUUUUUCAUUAAAAUUAAAUUAUUAAUGAAAAAUCUAAAAUUAUAAAAUUUUUAUCGAAAAGAAAAUAUUGUCCAAUAUUGUCUUGGGCUAAUUUUUCCAAACUGCUAUUAUUAAUGCAACUGCAUUGGAAAUUCAAAAUUCGUGUAAUUUAUUUCCUAACAAAAACUUUGUAGCAGGGUAUAAUGAAGCACUUAUGGAAAAUUGGAUGAAGAUAGAAAUUCCAAGAUUGUUGAGCGAGCGAUAAUCCAUUUUCACUCUCUUGGAAUUCCAAGAAUUCCCCCUUUCGAGAAUGCUCACAUUUUGUUAUAUAUAUAUAAGUUUAUUAACUAUUUGAAUUGUAAAUAUGAUUUUUUAAAUUCGAUUUCUUAAAUCUGAAUUAGAAGAGAUUCUAACGAAAAAAUGUUAAUUAAUUUAAAAUUAGUUAUUUUUAACUCAAUGAAAAAUAUCUCUACUGAUUCAGAUUUGUGAAAAAAAAUAUAGAUUUGCGAAAAUUUUCUCUCAAAAAAUAAAAGGGUGAAUGACAUCAUUCUUUCCCCCUAGUCGAUAUUCUUUUUAAAGCUGUGGUUAAUAUUAAGUAUAUUUUUUAUCGGUGAAUGAGGAUCGACCACGAAGGCAGGAAGUAGGGUUGAAGAAAGAUACAAAUGAAAUGUCUUCCGAGAAAUUGCGCCGCCCGGAGCAGAAAUCGUUUCAGGGCGAACGUUCGUUCUACAUUCUAGGUAGCGAUAAAUCAAAUCAAAGCAGCAUCUCGUUAGCCACGACCUAGCCUUGUUUAAUCCGCUAGGCUAGGCGACUCGGCAAAUGUGACUACACGAGUCGUGGCGAGUCUGAGAUAGAGAGAAAAAAAGAGGGAUAAUAAAAGGACGCUUAAAGCACCACAGAGAGUAAAAGAAUUUUUUUUUUUUUUUUUGAGAGAGAGUGAAAGAGUCAAGUGUGAAUGAGAAGAGUGAAAAAGCGAGUGACUUGUACACAUUGAAUAAUAAGAAGAGAGUGCUUGAGAAAUUUUCACGGUCCUUUUGGUGCCACAUGCAAAUCAUCAGAGCAUUAACGAAAUAAAAUAAUAAUAUAGGCACACACAGACUUAUAUUAUACACGCGCAUUUAUAAAUAAUAUAAUAUAAUUAUACAUAAUUUUACUUUUAAGAUUAUAGUGCGUACGUGAUACGGUAAUACAAAUAUAUAUUAUAUACAUAUAUUUAUUUAUUAAUUUACGAUGUUACGUUUUGAGAGAAGCUGUUAUGUUUUUGAAUAUGAAAAAAGAGGAACUAAAGAAGAAACGAAUUUUCAUUUUAGAAAAAAAAAAAAAAAAAUACUCGACUAUCAAAGAAUAUUUUUCAUUCUCUCUGUAGAUGGAGCAAAACUCAUGAGCUUAAAUUUUUCUUCUCUUUUCCGAAAGACGGGAAAAAACUCUUUUUCAUGAAAAUUAACUUUCUCUGAGCGACAAAAACGAUUUCGAUAAUUGGAAGAUGUAAAUUGUAUCUUGAAAAAAUUAAUCAGGUUUGUAGAAAUGAUCUACUUCUGUAAAUUUUAUUCUUAAAAAAUUGACUAAUUUCUUUAUUUAUUUUUUUAAAGUAAAGUUUGUCUUCCAGUAAAUUAGUCGAAUCGUUUUUGUGUGCUGGAAAAUGAAAUAGAAUGUAUCGUUUAUUGUAAAGAGUGAAUUUCUCAUUAUUGACUGUUAAAUCAUAUUCAUAUCUAUUACGGAAAUGACAAAACUCAAUAGAACUCCUCUUCAUUCUCUAUGAAGAUUUUAGUCGAGAGUGAGAGAGAAAGAGAGAAAGAGAGAGAGCCAUGAGUUUUAUGCUCCACACUUGCAAAUGACUGACUGAAAACAAAUUCUGCGCUUUAUUUUUGUAAAUAAGUUCUGAGUCAGUACAUUUUUACUCGGUACAAAACCUAAUAAUCUGUUCUCAUUUAACUGCGGGAGCAAAAAAAAGAGUAACUUUAAAAAAAAAAUUUUUUUUAACAAAUGCGAGAGAUAUUUUUUCCUCAUGAUCCUCAUCUGGCUAACCCUCGUUCUACUUGAGAUUCUUCGGUGGCACUUAACUCAGCUCGUUAGUCAUGCUGUACAUCUUGUACAGGGUUUCUUUCUUUUUCUUUUUUUUUAGCAAAAAUACUGUGAAAAUUUAUUUUAUGUAUCCAAAGUUUUCGAAAUUAUAAAGUAAGAAGCUCUUCAAUUUCCAACUAUUGUUUCUCAAUCAAUUCCUCGAGAACUUUCGUGCCAAAUAAUAAGGCAAAUAUAAAAAUACUUUUUCUAUUUUAUCUAAAAUGAAGAGAACAUUUAUCGACAAUAAUAAUAAUUUGAAAGAAAAAAUCUCUUCUAUACUGUAAUCGGGGAAUAUUUUCAUUGAUAAAAAUAUUAAUUAAUUGAAAAUGUAUCAUAAAACCAUGUUGAAAAUGUAAAAGAUUUUAAAAAAUUGAAAUUAAAAUAACAUUUUUUUCUUCAAUAUAUAAACAGAAAAAUCUGUGAUCAAAAAAUGGAGUAUAUCAUGACUAAAAAACGAGAGGCCAGCACAUUUUUGCAAUUUAAAAUAAAAAUUUUAAAACGAGACAUAGAAGACGAUAGAAACAGCUCUUUAUAACCAGUGGGGAAAUUGAGAUCAUUUAUAGGCAAAUGUUAACAGAAUAUAAUAUAUUAAAUGAAAAGUAUUUGAAUGAAUUCGAGCCUGCCUCAUUUUAAAAUAUUAAUUCAAAAUUUUGUGAAAAAUAUUAAAAAAUAAAAAAAACUUAUAAAAAAAA